UUUCACUGCAAAGCUGUUGAUGUAUCCAUCCGCAAGACUGCAGCCCUAUUCGGUUGCGGCUAAUAAAAUAUGGAGUGGAAUAGGAUGUACAGUUUUAUGGGUGGUGGCCUCUUCUGUGCCAUUGUGGGGAACAUCAUGCUGGUGGUCUCCACUGCGACAGACUACUGGAUGCAGUACCACCUCGCGGGAACCUCCGCGCACCAGGGCCUAUGGAGGUACUGCAUGGGCCACAAGUGCUACCUGCAGACGGACAGCAUAGCCUACUGGAAUGCCACACGGGCCUUCAUGAUCUUGUCUGGGAUGGCGUGUUUCGCCGGUGUCCUCGUUGGCAUCUUCUCUUUCGCCCAUUUCUCUGCCUUUGAGAGGUUCAACCGCUCCUUUGCUGCAGGGGUCAUGUUUUUUGUCUCAACCUUUUUUGUGUUCCUGGCCUUGGCUAUUUACACGGGCAUCACGGUGAACUUCCUGGGCAAGCGCUUCGGAGACUGGCGGUUCUCCUGGUCCUACAUAAUGGGCUGGGUGGCUAUGCUCAUGACCUUCUUUGCAGGAAUCUUCUACAUGUGUGCCUACAGAAUGCAUGAGUGUCGCAGAGUGGCAAGUCCUCGCUGAAAGAAGAAGACGAAAGGGGAAUAUUUUGAAGGAACAGACCUAAGAGAAAACUCUUACAUCCAGGAGCUGAUGAUUUUCCAAUGGCACAUGAAACUUACCACAAGCCCUAUGUUCCACAGCAGAUGAAUGGACAGUUUUAUACCUAACACAAUGACAGUUCUUCAUUUAACUACAGUAUGUUAUUUUUCAAUAAAGAUUCUCACCACAA